AUGCGGACCCACCUGUACUCUACCUUCGUGGACCUGACGAAAGCCUUCGACACGGUGAAUCGUGAAGGACUGUGGAAGAUCAUGCAGAAAUUCGGCUGUCCGGAGCGAUUUACUCAGAUGGUGCGUCAGCUGCACGACGGUAUGAUGGCGCGAGUCACGGACAACGGAGCUGUCUCAGAGGCAUUCGCAGUGACCAACGGAGUGAAGCAGGGCUGCGUACUGGCGCCUACCCUCUUCAGUCUUAUGUUCUCUGCCAUGCUGAUGGACGCCUACCGCGACGAACGCCCCGGGAUCCGCAUCGGCUACAGGACGGACGGUCACCUGCUGAAUCAACAACGUAUGCACUUCCAAUCGCGCGUAUCCACAACCACCGUUCACGAACUCCUCUUCGCCGACGACUGCGCCCUGAACACCACCUCAGAAGAGGAGAUGCAACGGUGCAUGGACCUGUUCUCCGCCGCCUGCGAGAACUUCGGUCUGGUCAUUAACACGCAGAAGACGGUGGUGAUGCACCAACCGCCACCCAACUAA